AUAUACAUAUAAUAUAUAUAUAUCGUGCGCACGCUAUAACUGUCACAGUCACACCAUCAAAACAGAGCACACCGACCGCCGCCGCCGUCGCCGUCGUUCCGCCACCGCCAUGGAAGGAAAGCCUAAGAAAUCAAACAAGAAGCAGAAGCACCACCAUCCGAACAACCAAACCGCCAAAUGCAACUCCGAUCUCGGAUUCCGCCCUUCCUACGCGGUGAAAGGCCUCCGAUUCGGCGGUCAAUUUAUCGUCAAAUCCUUCACAAUAAGGCGCGCGCAGCCGCUCGAAUUCCUCCGCCUCCUCGCCUUACCGCCGGUCAGACAAUCCUUCGCCUCCUCCGCCGCCUACCUGCCGACGAACUUCACAAUCCUGGCGCACCACGCCUGGCACACGCUCACGCUAGGCCUGGGGACGAAGAAAUCCAAGGUAAUCGUGUUCGUUUUCGAAUCGGAGGAAAUGAAGGCGGUUGUGGCCGGACGGUUAUGGCCGGCGGAAUUAACGCUCGGCGAAGUGAAUAAAACGCUUAUCAGAGGCCUGACGUCUUGCGAAAUGGCGCGAUUCAAGUUCCGGAAAGGUUGCAUCACUUUCUACAUCUACGCGGUGCGGAGAGGCGGAAACUUAGGGUUUCAGCGCGCCGAUGAUCUCCGAACUCUUCUGCAAUCCGUGGCGGCGUUGAACGAUUUUAUUGACCAUACGGCGAUGCUCGCGCUGCCUGAUCAGAGAAACAUCACUUACGCGCCUCCGUCCGCCGUCGCCGCUCAUUAAUUCCGGCAAGUUCUCUCUCUCUCUCUUACUCUCUCUCUAAAUCCUUUUCUCGAGGAUUUGACUGAGAAAAUUCCUUUUGGGGCGUAAUGUAAUAAGGAGUUUUUGUGGGGCAUUUUUUGAAAAUACUUUUUCUGGAAAAAAUUAAAAACGUGACCUGUUUUAAGAACGAUGAAUAAGUGGGGGAUUCUUUUGAGAAUGUAGAAGAAAUGGCAUGAAAUGUUUAUUUUUAAGUAUAGUGUAACAAAAAUAGAAUUUUCCUUUUCUUGCUUAUCAUUAUUCAGUGAAACUUUAUUGAAAAAAAUGGUGUCAGGAUGUCAGUGUUCACUGUUCUUUUCGUGACCUCCUGAGCUGUGAUUCCUUCAAUCCUUUCCCUUUGCCAUCCCCAUCCUCCUUGUUUAACUUCUUUACACAAUUACUUUUUC